AAAAUUGUAAAUACGAGCCACAAGUACAAAAUACUAUUUAGUCUCAAACGAAACGAACGCCUUGAAACAAGUGCUUAGGAAAUAACAAUACAAUGGCUUCCUCAACACCACCAGCUGCAGCACCACCACCACCUCCACCAUCAGCCACAACCGCUGGCAAAGGAUUCCACAACAAAAUUUACAAUGCUCUAAUUGGCUCAGUGGACAAACAUGUGCCAGCAAAAAUGCGACCGUUAUGGCUGCAUCCAGCUGGACCUAAAACAGUUUUCUUCUGGGCGCCACUUUUCAAAUGGUCCCUUGUCAUUGCUGGUCUCAGCGACUUGGCGCGCCCGGCUGAAACUCUUUCGGUGCCACAAUGUGGCGCACUCGCCGCCACCGGUAUCAUUUGGUCACGUUACUCAUUGGUCAUCAUUCCCAAAAACUACAGUUUGUUCGCCGUUAAUUUGUUCGUCGGUUUGACUCAGAUCGUUCAACUGGGCCGCGCCUACAAUUACCAAAUGGAACAGAAUAAGUUGGCAGGUGAACAAACUGUUGUGGCUGUUGCUAAGACGGCAGAGAAGAAGAACGAAUUGUAAAUGGCUUUAAUUUCGAUUUGUAUAUAAUAUUUGAAUGUUUGCACGUACAUACAUACAUAUGUAUAUAAUGUAAAUGAGACGCAUGCUACCUACAGUAAUUAUGCGAUCAGUUUUCGAUAUUUGCUGUCAAUACACACUUAUGUACAUAUAUAUGAACCACUCUACAUGCAAAUAUGUGAGUGAUAAAAAAACAAUUACUACCAAUAUAACACAUCAGGCGGUGGCGGCAAUUAUCUAAAAACAAAUAAAGCAAGCGUAAAGCGCCUGCAUACACAUAUGCACACAAUGUAUAUAUUUGUAACUUCAUAUGCAUAAGCAAGUAAUAAUUGCUCUUGAAUGCAGAUAGUCAAUGUCAAUGGCGUAACAGCCCCUUGACUUCCACAUAUACAACCGUACACCCAUACAUAUGUAAAUGAUUUAGCCGAACAAAAACACCAUUGGCCAGUAAAAGUACUCAAUACAAAUAUCGAAGCUGGGCCAGUCAUUUAUUAUUAUAUAAUAGUACUAUAACAAAUGGUGAUAUAAUUAAGUAGUGAAUUGUAAAUUAAAUAACAUUAUUAUGUUUGACUACAUUAAAGCUGAAUUAAUUUUGAAUUUAAACUAUAACUAAGUUAAGAAAGUUAAACAAAAAGACCAUCACAAAAUAGCACAAAUUAUGCAAAAAAAUUUAAAUAAAAUAUAUAGUAGUAAUCUAUACAAAAGCUUACCAAUGAAAGUGAAAUUGUUUGUUUUUCCUUUCUUUUAAUCUUUUGUCAAUAACUUCAAACUAUUUAAUAUUAAAUUAUGUUUUUUCUUCUUUUAUUCAAUUUGCCAAUAACACAGACAUUAACACACAUGUCCAAGAUUUCAAAUUUGUGUAUCAAUAAAAAACAAACAGGUUUUAGCCAAAGAAAAACGUAAAAGAUAUACAUAUAUACAUACAUACAUAUACACAGAUUUAUCUACGCAAUAUAUACAUAUGUAUAUAAGACGUCUGAAAGUCGUAAGAGGCUGCACAAGUUACAUACCAUAGAACCCAAUUAGCAUCUAACAUGAAAACUGAUGUAUGUUUGUAUGUGUAUGUAUGUAUCUGAGACAAUGAGAACUUUUGUAGAAAUACAAGUAAUAGUUAAACAAAAAAAAAAGGUUUUGCAUGUGUACUUUAAGUUUCAAUAAAAAUACGAAAAAAUAACGAG